AUGAUGACCUCGUCGAUGCUGGCCGCUGGCCGUGCGAUGGGCCGCUUCGCCGCCCCGAAGACCAGGACUUCGACCGUGGCGUCCGCCACGAAGAAGUUCACCGUGAACCGCCACGUCGAGUUCGGCGAGUCCAUGGCCCUCGUCGGCUCCACGGCCGAGCUCGGCGAGUGGGACGUGGCCAACGCGCUCGCCAUGGAGUGGAGCGAGGGCGACAACUGGACCGCCGAGGUCGACAUCACCGACGACACCGAGAUGAAGUGCGUCAAGAUCGCCGGUGACACCACGGAGUGGGAGGAGGGCGACAACCGCUUCGUCACCGAGGACGGCCCCGCGGCCUUCGAGAUGGUCUUCAACGAGACCUUCGCCAUGCCGCGCCCCCAGGAGGAGCCCGUCGUCGCCGAGGAGGAGGAGCCCGCCGUCGAGGAGGUCGAGACCGUCGCGGAGGCCGAGCCCGAGCCUGUGGUGGAGGCCGUCGAGGAGGAGGUCGCCCCCGUUGUCGAGGCCGUCGUCGAGGAAGUCGAGGAGAUCGUCGAGGACGUCGUCGCUGCGGAGGAGGAGGAGCUGAUCGAGGAGGAGGAGGAGGAAGAGGAGGAGGAGGAGGAGGAGGAGACGGCUCCGUUCUCGUUUGGCAUUGGCGGCAAGGGCGCCACGGACAAGAAGGGCCCGUUCGGGUUCUUCAAGUAA